AUGGUUGAAGAUGCCAAGUUUUUGAAAAGAAAAAUACGCGGUGGUUCUAUUGACGUACAUCCGACGGAGAAGGCACUUGUGGUUCACUAUGAAACAGAAGCCACGAUUCUCGGAGAAUCGGGAAACCCAAUGAUUGGGGAGCGUAAAGAGAGUCAAAAGAUUAUUCGCGUUAAAAAUUUAAAUGAAGAUACUGAUAUUCCAGAAUUGGCUAGAAAAAUCAUUUCCAGCUGCAAGUUAAUAUCUGAAAAUAAAUACGCACAAAUAGAACAUUUAUUGAAGUACUUGCUGAAGCGAAAAGAAUCUACCACAGUUAAAAGCCAGAAAUCCUCAACUGUAUCUGAAACACUUGCUGAUCCCGGUGCAUUUGAUUCGACAGAAAUAGAUGAGGUGGCUCAUUUAACUGAUUUAGAUGAAUACUUGGAACUGUUAUAUGAAGAUAUAUCGGAUAAAUUGCGAGCUUCAGCACUUAUUUUACAACUUGCCAGAAAUCCUGACAAUCUAGAGGAGUUAUUUCAAAACGAGACUCUGGUUGGUGCUUUAGCACGAGUUCUUCGUGAAGAUUGGAAGAAGAGCACAGACUUAGCAACGAAUAUAGCCUACAUCUUCUUUUGCUUCUCUUCUUUCUCAAACUUCCAUGGAGUAAUAUUGCACUUCAAAAUUGGUGCAUUAAUAAUGACAAUAAUUGAUCAUGAACUGCAGAAGUAUGAUUUAUGGAUUGAUGAGCUUGACAGGAAACAGAAACUGUCAAAUGCAUCAAAUAACAAGUCAGAGAUGCAUUCAGCUUCCAAAGGCAAAGGUUCAACAGAUGACUUACAAAAUAAUUAUGAAACAGUUCUUUCAAAAUAUAAAUCACUUGUUAGAAAACAAGAGCAGUUAUUCAGAGUCUCUUUCUACCUACUUUUAAAUAUCAGUGAAGAUCUUAACGUUGAAAUCAAAAUGCACAAUAAAGGGAUAGUCACUAUGAUAUGUAAAUGCUUGAGUAGAGAUAACUUUGAAUUGCUGAUACUGCUUGUAUCGUUCUUAAAAAAGUUGAGCAUAUUUGCAGAAAACAAAAAUGAAAUGAUUAAAAACGGCAUAAUUGAGAAGUUAGGCAAGCUAUUAUCUCGUCAAGAAGAGGACCUAGUUAAUCUGACUCUACGCUUGUUGUAUAACCUUAGUUUCGAUACAUCGGCUCGGUUAGAAAUGGUAUCCAAAGGCGUUUUAAACAAAGUUGUUGGACUGUUAGAAAAUGUACAGCAUCAAGCAGUGGCCUUGUAUAUAUUGUAUCAUCUCAGUACUGAAGAUCAAUCAAAACCGGCAUUUGUGAAUACACCUUGUCUAUCCUUUCUUAUGAAAUUAAUCCUAGAGAAUCCAGAAGAAAAAUCAGAUUUAGUUCCAAUGGCUUUAGCUAUCAACUUGGUACGCGAUGAUCAAUGCUCGAAUGCUAUGCUUAAUGAAGGACGAUGUUUGAAAGUACUAGCAAAACGUGCAAUAAAAUUUCGUGAUGCAUUAAUCAUGAAAAUGCUGCGUAAUGCAACUCAGCACAAUAAUUUACUAAAGUUAAAAAUGGUGGACUUUUUACCGGAUUUAAUAAAAAUUGUAACUGAAGAGAAAACCUAUCCAAAGAAUACACUAAGAAAUCUUCAUUCUUCUAAGAAGUCUACUUUACAAAACAAUGAGUUAAAACUGAACAGCAAAGUGAAGUUGAAUGCUAAAGGUGACCUGAAUUCUUCUUUACGUUUAUUCAAAAAUCGUUCAAAGUCGAACAGUAAGAAAACGGAAAAUAAUAAUCGUAAUGAUGAUGAUGAUGAUGUUGAUGAUGGUGAUAACGCAGAGGAUGACGACAGUGUAAAUUAUGGUGAUGAUUAUGAUGACGAUGAUGAUGAUGGAGAUGAUUAUAAAUCCAAGGAUGAAGACUUUGUGUUUGAAUGUUUAGGCUGUCUAGCCAACCUUGAUCUUAAUGAUAUUCAUUACAGUAAAGUGAUUACUGAAUUUAAGCUGCUCAAAUGGAUUAAAGCUCAUCUAGACAGUGCUGAAGCUCGAAAAUCACACGAUUUCGUGGGUGGAACUUCAGGAAAUUCCGACUCCUUCACACCAGUUUUCUUCUCUUCGUCACUGUUCCCCAAUCAUAUAGAAGAUGAUGUUAUCUUGGAGAUUGUACGCAUGCUUGGUGCUAUAUGUCAAGAUCCUGACGCUGGUCGAAUGGUUGUUGAAGCUGGCAUUGUACAUAGUUUGAUUGGUUUGUUAAAUGCUAAACAAGAAGAUGAUGAAAUUGUAUUUCAAAUUGUUUUCACAUUUUUCCGAUUAAUCUAUCAUGAAUCGACCAGAAAUCUAAUAGUUAAAACAACGCAAGCUGUUGCCUAUCUUGUCGAUCUAAUGCAUGAUAAAAAUGCUGAUAUUCGAAAACUAUGCGACAUUACCCUGGACAUUAUCUGCGAAUAUGAAUCCGACUGGAGGAUAAGAAUCCAAACAGAACGCUUUCGUUGGCAUAAUAGUCAAUGGUUAGAAAUGAUCGAUACUUCGGCUACUUCUGGUCUUCUUGACAAUUCAGACACGACAACAGAAGCCGCACUAGCAGCUGUUCUUGGUAUUGGUCAUGCACGAUCACAAUAUCAUCCAAAUUUGUUAACGGGUGAUGAAUUAAACAAUAUUGUCCAUGAAGACGAGAAUGACAACCGAGGAUACUUUGGAAUGGGACUAGGCAUUGAUGAUGCAGCCGCAUUCUUGUUGUCACUGUCAAAUGCUGAGGGGCGUAAAAGAUCAGCAGGCAGUGAGAAUUUACUGGGUAUUCCUUAUGAAGAAAGUGAUUAUAUGAAUCAAUUAAAUUUGUUGUAUCCCGAUAUGUACGGUGAUGCAGAUUUCUUGUCAAGUGAAAGAGUAAGUCCAGCUAUGACGGCGGCAAGUCAUUAUGAUUCAGAUUCUGAUGCUACUCAAAAAGAAAUAGAUUCUCAAAGUCAUUCAAAUUAUGAAAAUGUCAAACAAGACGAUAAGAUACUCAAAUUAAUGCCGAAAUCUUUUGAUAUGCAAAACUCAAGCAAUAAUAAAUUAAAGAAAUAA